UUUUUUUUCUUUUAAUUUUCGAACAUUUCUUUUUUUCUUCUCCCAAUUUUCUUAUUUAUUUGCUUGGACUCUUUUAUAAUCAAUAUAUACUUUAUUGCCAAGGAAAAGCUUCCCUCUGUUGUUUAUUUCCUUCAAACUCUCGUUUUUUUAACCCUUCUAGCCGAGAAAAAAUGUCGAUGGUUGGUAGCUAUAGAAUAUAUAGUUAGUAGCUGGCAGCGACCUCAGAGAGUUAUUUUUUGUGCAAAACUUUAGCAAAAAAUUUAUUUAUUUUUUAAUGUUUUUAUUUUUUAAUUUGGCCUUUUUCAUCAAAUGAAGAAGAAAUGUUGUUUGUAAAUAUUGGCAGCCUCCUCCAAUUUGUUUUUAAUAGAAGACUAAAAUUGAAGUUUGUAUUUUUGUUAAUUCUCGUUCCUUGUAUUUUUGGCAAACAAGAACAAAGUGUGAUAAAGAAAGCAGAACAACUUUCACGUGCUCUUAGAAGCAUUUUUGAGGAUGGAACAAAAUAUGAGGAAAUUUCUAAAGCAUAUUCGGACCUUACAGACGCGGAUGUUUUUAAUCCGGAAGAGGAAUUGAAGACAAUAAAGGAGGAAAUUGAACAAUAUUUAAAGGAACGGGCAGCAAUCGCUUGGAAUGCCAAAAUUAGUUUGGAACAACGCCCAUUAAAUUUUGAUGAAGGAAAAAAUGGGGAAAAUGAAACUAAAUUGGAAGAUUUGAAUGACCCAAAUAAACAUUCUUUUGUUCGAUAUUUGAAUGUGAAGAAGAUGAAUGAUGGCUCGACGCUUUAUAAAAAUAAUUUUGGAGGGUCUUAUGAGGUAAACGGUAGUCGUCAAGUUCGUCUCCGCCCCAAUCCAAAUUUUUACGGUUUACCAACAAGUUCAGAAUCUUCAGCUGUUCAUGUACCCACACCUAUAUAUAAUAGAGAUCCAGAAUUGCUUCAACGUAUUCGUUGGUCAGAUAUAGACCAACAAUAUCGCCGUAAUAGAGAGCAAUUAAAAGAUUUAAAUUUUCAGAAGUUCUGCUCAGAUUCUGGAUUUAUGCGUUUCUUUCCCAGUGCCCCAUGGCUGUGGGAGGAUAGACAAUCAGAAUUGGACCUGUUUGAUUGUAGAAACACAGAAUGGUAUGUUGAAGCAGCUACGAUCCCAAGAAAUUUAAUUAUUCUUCUGGACACUUCUGGUUCAAUGCUUGGCCAACGUUUUGAAAUUGCUAGACAAACAAUUGAAUCGAUACUUAGUACAUUGUCAGACAGUGACUUUUUUAAUAUAAUUCAGUUUUCAAAAACAACCACUUUAAUGGAGCAAUGUGGAGACCGUGAACUUGUCCAAGCCUCUUUACGCAACAAAAAAGUGCUUCUUUCCCGGCUUAACAAUAUAAGUUCUGAGGGGAAGGCAGACUACGAGAAUGCUCUACACAAAGCUUUUGUUGCCUUAAUGAAUUUGCCAGAAGAAGGCGUUAAAUGGAUGACUAAAGAAGAAGUAGCUAAAGAAGCAGCAAUUCACAGGUCUGAAGGGACUGAGCCUGAUCCAGACAUAAAUUAUAUUCAAAUGGAGGAAAAAUUGCUUGUUGCUCCUGAACGCUUCUUAGACGCGGUAAGAAUAUUAAUGCUUUUUAGGUGCUUUAUUUGUUCCCUUGGCUUUUUUGGAAUUUUACCCUUGAAUUUUUCCUUUUUGUAAUU